CGGUUGCCAAGAAGUGACCAACUCAAUCACCGCAAGCAUGAAGUGGUCCUUCCUCGGGUUGGUGGCCAGCACGGCGGCAGCGUCACUUGUCACUGCGUCGGAGCCUCGCUGUUUCCCGAAGGAUUUCAUGUUUGGCACGGCUACUGCUGCAUACCAAGUGGAGGGUGCGUAUAACGAAGGUGGGCGCACUCCUAGCAUUUGGGAUGAAUUCUGCCGAGAGCAGCCCGGCAUGCUAUGCGCCAACGUGGCCGACGAUUUCUACCACCGGUACCCGGAUGACUUGAAUCUCAUGCAGGACGUGGGGCUCCAGUCUCUGCGCUUUUCUAUUUCGUGGUCACGUGCAAUGACUUGGGAUCCAGAGACUCGCCAUAUGCGUCCCAACCCAGAAGGUAUCGCCUUCUACCAUGCUUUAAUCGAUGCCAUGAACGCCAGGGGUAUCGUCCCGAUCCUGACGAUCUACCACUGGGACCUGCCGUCCUCGUUAAUGCACGAGCUCACUCCAAACGGCUGGCUAAGCCCCGAGAUCGUGGAACACUACGUCGAGUACGCUACUCUCAUGUUUCAGGAAUACGGCCAUAAGGUCGACUACUGGACGACGUUCAACGAGCCGCUUGCGUUUGUCGGCUAUAGCUAUGGAACUGGAAUGUUUGCUCCUGGAUACAAAGGCUCACCUACUGAAGCCUACACAGUCUCACGCAACGUUCUCGUUGCCCACGCGAAGGCUGUCCAGAAGUUCCGUGGGUUUAAAACGAACCAUAUCGUGGGCGACAAGGCUCGCAUCGGCAUUGUGCUAGUAUCUGCGUACUUCUACCCCCUCGAUCCAAACAAUGCUCGUGAUGUAGCGGCUGCAAAGCGUGCUCUUGACUUCGACUUCGGUUGGUUCCUCGAACCGAUCAUUACCGGUGACUACCCUGCGGUCAUGCGUGAGCGUGCUGGAGACCGUCUCCCCAAGUUCACUGAGGAAGAGUCUGCUCUGCUCAAGGGUUCGUACGAUAUCCUAAUGAUGAAUCAUUAUUAUUCAAAGGUGGUCACGGACUGCGACUCCGAGGCGUCGGUGACGCCAUGUUCGUCGCUUACUGCUGGCUGGGAAGCUGACAAGGGAGUCGAUGAAGACCACAUGAUGCCAGGGACAAUGCAGCCUCGUCCGGACAAGUUCGGUAACAACUACUGCGGUCGCUACACGGGCUACCCACCUGGAUACCUUGACAUGAUCCGCUACUUGCAUUCGCAUGACCCGACCGUCGACAUCCUGUUGACGGAGAACGGAUGGUGCGGAAAUGAGGAAGUGGAGAAUUGGGACCAACUCCGUUACUACAAGUUGUUUGUGGAGCAGGUGCACAAGGCUGUCGUGGAGGAGAAAAUCCCCGUCGUAGGCUACACGGCGUGGUCGUUCUUGGACAACUACGAGUGGGGCUCGUACGGCCCGCGAUUCGGACUCUACUAUGUCAACUUUACUGAGAAAACUGGUUCGCCAAAUUUCGAGAAGCCAAAAUCAACGGAUUUGGAGCGUAUUCCUCGCCCUGCAGCUAAGUGGUUCCACAAGGUCGCCACUACCAAGUGUAUGGACGGCUGGGAUGAACUCGAGCUUGCUGCGGACAGCUCCAUUGCCCACUCGGCAGAACACCUCGGCUUCUCAGUUGCCUUCAUUGCCGUCGUAGCUGUGGCGCUUGCUGCUGCUGUGGUCACGUUCAAGCGCCGUCUUGGAUACCAACGCCUAACUCACACUUCUUCCAACUAAACUGGGUCUGUAGAUCUUUGUGUAUUUUUCACGCUUAAAGUAUUUUUCGAAUCGAUUCGUUGGAGUUCGUAAUUUCGGUAGUAUAAAAGAUUACUACGAAGUACAAUUUUUUUUUU